AUGAAGCAAUUAGGCCAGCUCUUUAUCAACUUUGGGCUGGGGGGGCGUGUCAGACACUGUCUGGUCUGCGAGGUGUCUGGGGCACCGGGCGUGUGUCUGGAGUGCUUGCGGCGUUGUGUCUCCGUCUCUGCGAGUGGUUUUCCGGACGUCUGUGAAGUACGCGUGUCUGCGUGGCUGUCUGGGGCUCCGAGCGUCCGGGAGGCGGAGCUGGAGUUCGUGCAGAUCGUGGUCAUCGUGGUGGUGAUGAUGGUGGUGGUGGUGGUCAUCCCCAGCCCCUACAGGCUGUCCGCGCGCUCCUUCCUCAGCCGCCACGGCCAGGGCAGGAGGCGAGAAGACGCGCUGUCCUCGGAAGGAUGCCUCUGGCCCUCGGAGAGCGCCGUGUCAGGCAAUGGGAUCCAAGAGCCACAGGUCUACGCCCCGCCUCGGCCCACUGACCGCCUGGUCGUGCCCCCCUUCUCCCAGCGGGACCGCUUCCACCGCUUCCAGCCCACCUACCCGUACCUGCAGCAUGAGAUCGACCUGCCGCCCACCAUCUCACUGUCGGACGGAGAGGAGCCCCCGCCCUACCAAGGCCCCUGUACGCUCCAGCUGCGGGACCCCGAGCAGCAGCUGGAGCUGAACCAACUCGGGCAUCAGCGCCACGUGCUACGGCAGUGGCGGGCGCAUGGAGGGGCCGCCCCCCACCUACAGCGAGGUCAUCGGGCACUACCCCGGCUCCUCCUUCCAGCACCAGCUGAGCAGCGGGCCGCCCUCCUUGCUGCAUCACACACACAUCGGCCCCCUGGAGAGCUCAGCCAUCUGGGGCAAGGAGAAGGAUAAGCAGAAAGGACACCCGCUCUAGGAGCCCGGGCGGCCGGGCGCCGCGGGGAGAGGGCAGGACACUCCGCACUUCUAGGAGAGGAGCGAGGCGGCGGGGGCCGCGGCCGCGGCGCAGCAGCUGCCCGCCUCUCCGUGUACAAAUAUUUACGUGUCAUGUCUGGUCUGAAUGCACAAGCUAAGGAGCUUGCAGAAGCCACGUUUCUCUGUUGAGCUGUGUCUUGAAGGCAAAAGAGCAAACAAAUUCUAGUCUUUUCUUUCUAGUUGAGCUGUGUGCGUGAAUGCUUAUUUUCUUUUGUUUAUGAUAAUUUCACUUAACUUUAAAGACAUAUUUGCACAAAACCUUUGUUUAA